AUGAGAUGUUCCCCCAUGAACUCAGGUGAAAAAUUAAAAUUUUGCCUUAGCCUACAAAAUCUCACCCUUUUCCAUCUCUCCACCAGAAUUUUCUCUUUGCUCACUGAGCUCUCACUGUUCAACUCAGGAAUGCUCAUGUGCACAAGAGUCCAGGCUCUGAAUGAACGUAUGCCUGCAUUUUUGUUUCUGUUGUUUGCUUUCAUUCUGAAAGCCCAUCACCCUGUCUGCAUCUGGGUGAUCACUAUUCCAUCAUUCUGGUCUUCCCGGACCUACCCUCCAGCCCUCAUCUUUGGUCAGUUCAGGCCCACACAGUGA